AUGCCGCUGCCACUCGUACUCAUCAGCACCCCUCUUGAUCUAGGGAAGGUCAAGCUAGGUAACCUAGUACCAAACAUCGGACAACCCCAUAUCGAUGCCUUCGAACCAUACAAACUCGCAGACGAUGCCAUUCACGUAACAGAGCAGCUCGAUUUCAAAGCACGGAUUGAACAGAGCAAGGGCUCGGCCCUGGAAGCUAGCCUCACCAAGCUUUUAUCAGGAUCAUGGAAUAACUCUCACACUCAUGUGCUCGAUCUUUCGGCGUGCAAAGCGAUGUGCUACGAGGUCAAAAGUCCUCUCUCUUUCUUCAAAGAGAUUGUAUCGCAGGAACGUACGCGGAUGAGAUUACAAGACGCCAUCGCCAGUGGCCACAAGAUGUACGUGAUCACAGCUCUUCGAACUGUGAUCGACGCUAAGGUCGCUCAAUCCAUUUCUGCUACUAAGGAUGUUUCGGCGGGAGCGGGUGUCCCACUUGGUGCCAUUUUGGCAGGGGGUAUCGACCCUACAGGUGGACUGGCAGAUAUUCAAGGUAACCUGAGAAGGGGGAAUAGCGCACAGCAGACACAGAUAUAUCUGUCACCAACGGAACAGGUGUAUGCUGUCGGUUACAGACGUAUUGGUUACAAGUGGUUUAUAAGCAAGAAUGUCGAUAGUGCGUUCUUGGAUGUUAAGAAUAGGUGGAAGGUCAUGGGUGAGGAAAUCAUGGGGGAUGAAGAUGAAGACGAGGAAGACGUCAUUGAGGCGGAUUUGGAAGAAACACUCGACGACGAUGACAUUAGCGGAGUUGAGAUGAUAUAUGAUUGA